AUGUGCGGCCUUCCGGAGGUUGACGACGAGUUAGAGGUGGAUUCGGAACCAUCGAUACAUCUACAAGAGUGGAGGAACUUCCUUAUAUCCUAUGCGCAAGGUGAUUGGUCUCCUGAUAAUACGCCCACCAAGCCCUCUGAACCUGAAAGUCCGUCAAAGAGUGAACAUUAUCGUCGUCCUUCCCAAGAUCAUUAUUCUUCAUCUGCUGAAGUCGUCGAUCCUUUCAACAUAUAUUCCUCACCCAUCAUAGACAAACUUAUCGCCAAGAAUGUACGCCAAUAUUGCUCGAAGAAUGAUUAUCUCCCACCCCCCAGAUCACCUCAGGAAGCCCUGCGGGAAAAGAUUGUAACUGAAUAUGAUCUGCUCGGACCAAUUCAAACGGGCAAUAUUCAAUCGGCGGUGGAUCUCCUCAGUGCGUUCUUUCCGGGCUGUGUGAUCACCUUUACUCUGUUCAAUAACCACGUACAGACGUUCGCUGCUGUUGCCGGACCAAAGAAGUUGUUGGAAGAGUUCCAACUGGUGGGGGGUAUGUGGGUGGCACCAGAGACUAGCUUGUGUGGGCAUUCUGUCCUUCAGGAGGAACAGAUUCUGUUUGUUUCUGAUCUGGCGGAAGAUUGGCGGUUCCGUUCCAAUCCAUAUACUUUGGCUGGUCUCAAAAGCUACAUCGGUAGCGCAGUAUCACUGCUAUUAGAUCCCCUCAACACAACACCUAAUAUGAAUGGUCGACCUGAAAGGGUGGGCAUAGGGUCGCUGAAUAUCCUUUUCAUGUCGACAAUCCUGCAGACUAUGUCGCCUGAACAAGUGAUGGUGGUGAAGAAUAUCACCAAAAUAUUAGAAACUCAAAUACGUGCAACAUGGGAAGGGCAUAUUCGAACCCGAGAAGCGAGAGUGCGUCAUGCGAUGACAGAUCUGAUAGAAGAGGGAUUUGUUGGGGUACAAGCUUCUAUGGAACAGCAUGAAAUGUCAGACGGAGUGCCAGCCAUAGCCAGGGGAACAUCAAUGUCUUCCACUAGUGAGUUAGCCCAGUCUGGCCUAGAUAAGACAAUGGCUCUUUCUCCUGAAUUGGACAUCAUGUGUUUGGUCGAUACGAGGAGUUUUCGGGUCAAAUCCAAACAAGGUCUACAAUUGGAGUACGAACACGAUACCUCAUCAAUAUAUCCUCUCUCCACAAUUGCUGUAAGCCCGCUUUCGGAAGCGCGAUGGAAAUUCGUAGAAGAACCCUCGCGCCUCCUAUCUUUCCUCAACGAAAAACCUUUUUCCUACUCCUUCAGCCCCAGUUCUACAUUAUCAGGAAUUGAAUCGAAACUGCCUGUCGACGUUCGCUCCCAUGUGAUCAUGCCUUUCUUCACCCUGGAUCAGCCCAUAUUUGUGGCCAUAGCGCUAUCGAAGUCGCCACAGAUCUCAGCGUUCUGCACGAACAUCAUCCGAAGUGUAGGCUCGGUAAUACUGGCCAAAGCGAUUCAGAGUCGAGUCAUGGAAGCGGAUGCUGCCAAGGCUACGUUUCUCUCCUCCAUCAGCCACGAACUACGUACACCCAUGCACAGUAUCAUGUCCGGGCUAUCUCUCAUCAAUUCAGCUGUUCAAUCGCAAGAUUAUGAUUCAUUGAAGUCGUUGCUUGACGUGGUAGACACCAGUGGUCACACGUUGCAGCGUAUUUUGGACGACGUACUCGACUUCGAUCCCGUCUAUAGCUCCAAUAAUAAGACCAAUCGUUUGGUUACAGUGGAUUUGCUCCAAUUGGUCCAAAAUUCUGUUCAGAUGUGUCUGACGAAAUCCGAAGACCUGGAUGUAACUUCUUCUAUUGAGAUGAAUUACGAGCAGAGAGAUUGGACGGUUUACAUUGACGAUGCGAGAUACCACAGAAUCUUCAUCAAUGGUUUGUCCAACGCCUUAAAAUUCUGUAAGAAUGGUUCCAUCACCAUCUCGAUCCUCACUUCUCCUGAUUCAUCCCAACUCAUAACAAGGAUAGCCGAUACUGGCGUUGGAAUUGAUCCCAAAUUCUUGCCUCGUCUACUGGAACCCUUCACAAAGCAGGAUCCUCACAGUCCCGGAGCUGGUCUCGGAUUGUCCAUAACCAAAAAUUUGGUUAACAGUAUCGGCGGUAAUUUUACCAUACAAUCAAAGCCUGGUGAAGGCACCGUCUUCGAGGUCAUCUUACCUAUCAGAUUUGACGGAGAUCGAUCACCUGUGAAUCGAUCCGCUCCUCUAGUCAACAGACAACUACACGAGAAACGAUUAACACUGCAAAGCCAAUCUUUGGGACUGUCAGUCAAUCCACCGGCGGAAAAAUCCACUACUCCCGUACCACGACCUACACCUUCACGACGAGCUACUGCUGACCCACCUGCAGCGAGACCCAAGCAUUUGAAACAAGACUCACUUCCGGAUGAGCAUGCGCUUCGAGUUAUGGUGAUAGACGACAAUAGGAUAUGUCGACUCUUACUCACCAGAGCUUUACGGAAAAGUCCAGUACCUGUCAAAUGCACUGAAGCCGCCGAUGGUCAACAGGCGGUCGAUGCAUUCCGAAAAUUCAAGCCUGACUUAGUCGUCACAGACAUAUCAAUGCCUGUCAUGGAUGGUGUCACUGCUGCUCAACAUAUGCGGAGCAUAAGUGAAGAGCUCCGUCUACCACCUUGCAAGAUAUAUGCUUUGACAGGAUUGGGUUCUUCGGAUCCCAAACUAAAGUCAGUGGGUUUAGCCGGGAAUGCGGCGUUAGAUGGUUGGCUGGUCAAAGGUCAAGAUGAUCUAAAGGUCAUACAGAACAUCGUUACGAAACUUAGUGAAGAUCUACAGCGGCAGAGAGAUAAUUCAGCGGAAAAUAUGCUACGGAAUUUAGAAAUAACGAAGACAUAA